UCCAGUGGCCGGGAAAAAACCCCCAAUCCCCUCCUAGAUUUUGUUUCGUCUUCCUCAGAUCCGUGGAUGAACCCUUCCUUAAACCCUAAUUCAGUCAUCUUCGUCGGGUUUGAUCUCAUGCCUGCGGUUCUUCCCUGGAUUCGUCCAUAAUCAUCUCUUAUUCCAAGAUUUUCUCUCGAGUUACCGCGCUGCAGAUUUGGUCGUAAUGAAGGAAGAGUCUGUGUCCGGAUUGAUUUCCGGCGGGAAUCUUUCUGGGGUUGGGUUCGGUUUGGUCUGGGAAUCUCCGAGCAAGAGGCAGGCGUCGACCAGUUCAUGUGGGGAUGUUGGUGAUUGCAGUAGGAUUAGUUGUAAGAGAAUCAAAACUACCCAAGUCAAUGGCUUCAUUGUUUAUACGAGAACGAAGAAGACUAAGCUCGCCCAGGAUGGUGAAUUGGCUGGAACUUCAGAUAAUAAAGUGCUAAAUCGUCUCAAAGAGCCGAAUCUGGCAAGUGGCAUCACAAAUUCGUCGUGUGAUAUGUCUCAUAACAGUUUGAGGAUUGAAACUGACGUCAAUAUGAGUUCCCAUAUUGAAAAUCCAUUGGUUGAGAGCCUUUCUGUGGAUCCUGCAGUUGAAGAACAGCUUGAUGUUGGCAGCUGCACUAAAGGUUUGGCAGUUGAAACAUCCAACGAAUUGGAAAUUAAGGCUAAGGAGAGCUCCAUAGUUGAUGUUAUAAUCGAAAGCCAAUUUCUUGAAAUGUUAGAUGAAGAGAUUCCUGUAGAAGUUUUGCCUGACGGGAUCACAGAUUUUGAUGUAGAGAGCCAUGAGAAUAAAAGUAGGAUAAUGGAUGAACCCUGUUACAGUUCAUCAGUUACUAUGUGCAGAGAGGAGGAAGAGCAUGAGGGUAGUACAGGGAGAAAUCACGUAGCUUUAAGACAUGCAAGGCAGUUUAGGAGAUCAGCAUCGAGAGUGAAGCAAGCAAAGAAUUUGGAGUCUGUUGAUGUAGAGGAUGCUGCAGAACUGAACUGUGUCAGUGAGAACUUAGAUGAACAAACUCCUCCUGGGAGUUCGAGUAAAAAAUCCAAUUUAAUACUCAAGAGACCAAUGACGGUGAAGGAGCUUUUCGAUACUGGUUUGCUUGAUGGUGUAUCGGUAGUUUACAUCGGUAGUGUGAAGUCUCAAGCAUUUGGUCUCCGUGGCGUUAUCAAAGAUGGUGGAAUCUUGUGCUCUUGUUCUCUCUGCAAUUGGGCUAAAGUUAUUCCAACUUCCAAAUUUGAGAUUCAUGCUUGUAAACAAUACAGACGCGCAUCACAAUAUAUUUGCUUUGAGAAUGGUAAAAGCCUGCUAGAUGUGCUGAAGAUAUGUAGGAGUACGCCUCUGCAUGAACUUGAAGCAGCAAUUUGUGAGGCUGUUAGUGGUGCAUCUAAAGAAAUAUCGUUCACUUGUAAACAAUGCAAAGGUGUCUUCCCUUUAUCCUGCUUUGGCCAUAGAGGGCUUCUAUGUUCUUCAUGCUCGGAGAUGGCAAAAACUCAGGUCAAUCAAACUACUACAAGGACUCCAAGAAGUGCUCCAGUGUGCAUCUCUUCUCCGACUCCGAGUGAGAGCCAAUUGAAGAUAACGAGAAAGUCAUCGGAACCCAUGUCCGGGUCACCGCUUGGCGAUAACCCUCGGAAGAUUACAAGAAAAGCGAUAUACCAAGCUUUGGUUGGGAAGGCUUAUAUGAGUGCUUCUGCGAGUAUAUCUUCACAAAAUAAGUGCACAUCUAAAUUUAAAAAGAUGUUGGCCCAACGAUCAGUGAUCCCCAAGGCUCUCAAAAGUGUCUCUCCGUCUAUAUCUUCGGAGAAGAACAGUCAUUGUAAAAUAACAAAAAAAGACCACCGUUUACAUAAGUUCGUAUUCCAGAGUGGUGGAUUGCCAGAUGGAACUGAACUGGCGUACUAUGCCCGUGGACAGAAAUUGCUUGAAGGCUACAAAAAGGGCGCUGGAAUAUACUGUUACUGCUGCAAGUGUGAGGUCAGCCCAUCACAGUUUGAAGUACAUGCAGGCUGGGCAUCUCGUAGAAAACCUUAUGCAUACAUUUAUACAUCUAACGGUGUGUCUCUUCAUGAAUGGGCAAUUACUUUCUCCCAAGGUCGGAAAUAUUCUGCUAAGGACAAUGAUGACUUGUGUGUUAUUUGUGCUGACGGCGGAGAUCUUUUGCUCUGUGAUAGCUGCCCUAGAGCCUUCCACUUAGACUGUAUUUCUCUCCCAAGUAUUCCUCGUGGUAAAUGGUGUUGCAAGUACUGCCAGAAAAUACCUGAGAGCGAAACGUAUGGAGAGCACAGUAUAAAUUCUGUUGCAGCUGGGCGACUCAUAGGAGGAGUUGAUCCUGUUGAUCAGGUGGCUAACCGAUGCAUUCGAGUUGUCAAGAACAUUGAAGCUGAAACCAGUGGAUGUGUAUUAUGCAGUGGUUCUGAUUUCAGCAGAUCAGGAUUUGGGCCUCGGACAAUUAUUAUUUGUGAUCAGUGUGAAAAGGAGUACCACAUCGGAUGUUUGAGGAGUCAGAAGAUCGCAGAUCUGAAGGAAUUACCUAAAGGAAAUUGGUUUUGCUCGACGGACUGCACAAAGAUCCACUCCACAUUGCAAAAAUUGCUUCUUAAUGGAGCUGAGAAGCUUUCUUGUUCUUCUUUUGGAAUAAUAAAGAUGAAGCAAGAAAGAACUGAUGUGGAAGCCAUGGAAGAAGCUGAUAUUAGAUGGAGACUGAUUAGUGGCAAAGUUGCAUCUCCUGAAAGUAGUAUAUUACUUUCUCAAGCUCUUGCAAUCUUUCAUGAUUGCUUCGAUCCUAUAGUCGAUCCAGUUUCUGGGCGGAAUCUCAUUCCAAGAAUGGUUUAUGGGAAGAAUAUGCAAGGCCAAGAUUACGGGGGAAUGUGCUGUGCUAUUUUGACGGUUAACUCAUCCGUUGUGUCAGCCGGGCUACUUCGAGUUUUUGGCAGAGAUAUCGCGGAGCUUCCUUUAGUAGCUACGAGCAUGAAUAGCCGUGGGAAGGGAUACUUCCAGUUACUAUUCUCGUGCAUAGAGAAGCUUCUAUCGUUCCUGAACAUCGAGAAAAUCGUGCUUCCAGCGGCCGAAGAGGCAGAGCCUCUUUGGAUGAACAAAUACGGAUUCCGGAAAAUGGCUCCCGAUCAGCUAAGCAAGUACAUGAAGAUGUGCUACCAAAUGGUAAGAUUCAAAGGAGCUUCAAUGCUGCAAAAACAGGUUCCUUCCCACCAAAUCAUCGACAUGAAGAUCGAAACUGAUCAAGAAAACGUCUGAUGAUAACGAUUCGAUUCGAUUCUACCCAAUUUCGGAAUGUUCUUCUUUCUGUUCUGAUUUGAUUUCAUUUGACGGGUAGGCUUUUUUGUGUUGUUGUUGUUGGUAAAGCUCUUUCUUUACUUCAACUGAUGUAAA